AUGCCAAACCGUUCGUCAGGACUAGACUUCUCAGAUGGAGCACCAGCAGUAGGGCCCGACGUCCCAGCCCAGCCGAGCUUUCUGCAGCGAAACAAGACGGAGAGGAGGAGGUUGCAGGGGUUGCAGCGCACGAACAGCGUAAAGUCGCCUGGCAAUGGCCUCUUCGUGCCUACGACGUUCGGCCAGAAGUUCAAUCUCUGGAUGAUUAACGAAGGAGGGAGGCAGUUGUUCUUUGGUGUUUGGAUUUUUUUGCAUAUCCUUGUCGCCGUGUUCGGGUUCUUCCACUACCAGAUGAAAGACAACUUGAACACCGCCCGCAGCCUCUUUGGCUAUGGAUUCACCAUUGCCCGAACGGCGGCGUUAGUCCUGCACAUCGAUGUUAUCUUCAUCCUGCUCCCAGUCUGCCGUAACUUCAUCUCUUUCUUACGCCGAACCCCCCUGAACGACAUCAUUCCCUUCGACAAGAAUAUCACCUUCCACAAAGCUACCGCCUGGUCCAUUGUUGCCGGUUCGUUCGUCCACAUUGCCGCUCACAUGGUGAACUUUGCGAAGCUCGCAAUGCUCGACCCAAAUGCUACGACCCCCGGCAAGAUCUUUGUCGGAUUUUUGCGUGCCAAUUUCGCCACUGGGCCGGGUCUCACUGGAUGGAUCAUGACCGCUGCGCUUGGCAUCAUGGUGUGGUUUGCUAUUGAGAAGAGGCGCCGCGCUCACUUUGAGUGGUUCUGGUACUCGCACCACCUGUUCAUCGUCUUCUUCAUCAACUGGCAACUCCACGGUAUGUUCUGCAUGAUUCAACCCGACAGACCACCCUUCUGCUCCUUCAACACAAUCGGUGUUUUCUGGCGCUACUGGCUUGUUGGCGGUGUCAUCUGGAUCUUUGAGCGUAUUCUGCGUGAAGUCCGCUCUCGUCAUGUCACCUACAUCUCCAAAGUUAUCCAGCAUCCUUCCGAUGUCAUGGAACUCCAAAUCAAGAAAGAGAAGACGACUACUCGUGCUGGACAGUACAUCUUCCUCUCUUGCCCUGAGGUAUCCUACUUCCAGUGGCACCCCUUCACCCUCACUAGCGCACCAGAAGAGGAUUAUAUCUCCGUUCACAUUCGUGUUUGCGGUGACUUCACAAGGGCUCUAGCGCUCGCUGUUGGUUGCGACUUCUCUAAGGAGAAAGAUAAGGCUCCUGCCGGUGGUAAGGUUGUUGGUACAAACACGAACCCACCGAUCAACCGCACUCUCCCUCGUGUCAUGGUUGACGGGCCAUUUGGAAGUGCAAGUGAGGAUUUCUUGAAUUACGAGACUGUCCUCCUUGUUGGUGCUGGUAUCGGUGUCACGCCGUUUGCUUCGAUCCUAAAGUCGAUAUGGUACCGCAUGAACAACUUCAAUCACUCCAAGCCAACCCGUCUUUCAAAGGUCUACUUCACAUGGGUCAUCCGUGACUUCGGUACCGCCGAGUGGUUCCAUUCACUCUUGCACGCCAUCGAAGAACAGGACACGCAGAACCGUAUCGAGAUCAACAUCUACCUUACUGCCAAGAUAAAGGAAGACGACAUGAACAACAUCAUUGUUCACGAUGUCGGUGCCGAGAAGGAUGCAAUUACCUCCCUGCGCGCACCCACUCACUUCGGUCGACCUAACUGGGACAGAGUGUUCAGUUCGAUCGUCGACAAGCAUCCAGAAACCGAUGUCGGAGUGUUCUUCUGUGGUCCUCCAGUGCUGUCGAAACAACUCCAUCAAUACUCGAACAAGUACUCUCACCCGAAGGGUACUCGUUUCUUCUUCGGAAAGGAGAACUUCUAA